GCGCGUAGCUCAAAUUAGGUUUUCUGAGAGAGAGAGCGGACAUGCAAGUUUCCGCGGCAGCCAACACGAGCGCCAGCCCGGCGCCGGUGAUCACGAACAGGCCGUCUGGGCGGCAGAUUUCAUACGAGGAGAUCUACAAGGCCGCCAAGUGUAACGUGCUGGCUGACUUCUACCGCGAGAAGCGCUACCUUGACAAACGUCGCCGAAUUGCGGAGAGAAAGGAGGACGUGCAGAUCAUCCCCGUGACAAACGAAGGCAAUGCGGCCGCAGCGCUAGUGCGGGCGAGCACCUCGCGGCUGCUGAAGGAGCACAGCAGUGCAUCGUGGAGUGCCUUCCUCUAUCAGUCAGGCGUGUACGGCCUCACAGGGGUCAGCUCCAUCGGCACCGCCAUCGCGUUGUACCUUGGCAUCUACAACAAUCGGCUCUUUCUGCCGAUUGUGCCGAUGGCGGCUGCGGUGACGUGGCGGAUGUGGGGUGUGCUAGAGGAUGUCUGGAGCGAGCAGCGCUACAUCGAUAACGCGGCGAGGCUGCGCGAGGAGCGUCAGGGCAAUCCGAUGAACGCGGUGGUGAAGCGGCGCCGCAAGCUGGACGUGGUGACCGACGAGGAGCAGCCUGCCACGGAUCUCAUGGAGUAG